AUGGAAGUUUGGUGCCUCCUCGUCGAUCACGAAAGCAGGCCUGUUGCUGGACAGCCGAUCAAGGUCCAAGUAUCUUCUGAGACUGAUGUCGAUGACUUGAAGGAGAAGGUCAAGGAUAAGGUGUCGCCUCGCCUUGACGACACUGCUGCGUUCGAGCUCGAAGUGUGGAGAUUUACAAACUCACCAGCUAAUUUCGUCGAUUAUGAUCAUGAAGUGCUUAAGGAGCUAGUCAGCAAGGCAUUCUCUAAUAGGGGGGUUAAAAAACUCCGUCCGAGGCAGGUAAUAGAACACUUGAUCAAUCCAGAUCGAAAUGCAGUGUCAGAUGGAGAGCCACUGUCAAAUGGAGAGGCACUGCUCGUCAAGUUGCCCGGCCGAAAGCCACAGACAGAGGACGACAUGCCACAAUUAGAUCCUCCUAUUCUUGAACUGUACUGUCUCAUUCGUGGCAGUGACGCCAACAAUAUCUUUCCGGUCGAAAUUGCAAGUUCAAAGUGUGUCGGCGCCCUCAAGAAAGCCAUCAAGGAGGGGAGGACACCCAUCAUCGAUCACGUUCCCGCAGACGCCCUCACACUCUGGAUGGUUUCCAUUGCAGUCGAUAACAAUUUCGACGAGGCUAUGAAGACCGUCGAACUUGAAGAUGCGGGAUCGCUAUCACCUGUGGAUAUAUUAUCCGAGAUUUUCCUCCAUCCACCUCAGCGUAGACAUCUCCACAUUGUCGUCCAGGUUCCACGUAUUGUAAGUUAUGGUUUCGUUGGCUCAGCUCAGUUAUUGGUAUACAAGAUUAAUCGCUCUGAAUUGGCUGUAGCUGCCUUCAGUAAAUGGCUGGGGACCCCUUCCACCCGUCACGUGUUCCCGUAUAAAGGCAGGCUUGUUUCCCAAGCCCGCAAGGAGUAUUGUGAAGCCUUUUCACAAAAAGCACCUUCAUCCAAAGGUGUCCACGAUACCUUUGCUGCCAACCAGAAGAAGACGCCCCCUGCGUUCGCGUUCAGCCGCCCCCCAAUUGCUGACGUGACGGCGCUCCUCGAAGUCAAGCAAGAGCUCUCCACGGGCGGUGCUGAUCCUCUCUUUGAGGCCGCCUGGUAUUAUAACGCCUUGACAUGGGAUCACUCAGUAGAUAAAACCCAUUCCUGUCUCCCUUGCUUUAUUCUCUACCUCGCUGGCACCCACAUUGGCUUUGCAGGUGCCCUCUGGACCGUUUACCCUCAUGUCCAGGUCCUGGCCCCCACUUUGCCGCUCUUCUACCAUGCAUCCGACGUCAAUAUGCAUAUGCAAACUGCACGUUUUUUGGGUGCAACAAGGAAGGCGAUCUUCGCGUUGAACCACUACUACAAAUCCGAACUUCCACAGAUAACGGUCGAUCCUACCGUCAACUUUCCGUAUCCCACCGAUUUCAUUUCCCUGGACAGCGGCGAGAACUGCGCAUUUGAAUACUUAUCGUGGCUCGACCACAAGAGACUCUUAUUCUCUGGUACCGCUGGUGAUAAGAAAAUAUUCAUCAAGUUCACUCAUCGGUACUCCAAGGAUGCACAUCUCAAAUGCGUCGCAUUGAAAUGUGCACCUGCUUUGGAGGGCUUUCAGGACAUUCCUGGGGGUUGGCAUAUGGUUGUCAUGGGUUUGAUCGGUGAUGAUUAUCAUGAGUUGCGGUGUUCAGACAUGAAAGCCUCGUUCAAAUCUGAAAUCGAGAGGAAGGUGACCGACCUCCACCAAAAUGAAUUUGUGCAUGGUGACAUUCGAACUACCAACAUCAUGGUCCGGAAAGACGGUAAGCCUGGGAUCCUCCUAGUCGACUUUGACUGGGCAGGUAAAAUUGGAGAAGUGCGAUAUCCAAUGAACGUGAAUGAUGUUGAAAUCAAGCGACCCGAAGGAGCAUCUGAUGACCAGCUUAUUAAGGCUGAGCAUGAUAUCGCUAUGAUUGGUUACAUGUUUGAGUAG